GUUCUGAUGUUUGCCCUUGACUGCACCCACCCUGUAGAUGAGGGAAUCAUGGAUGCUGCCAAUUUUGAGCAGGUUGUUCAGGAGAGCAUCAGAAUGAAUGGAAAAGCUGGGAAUCUCCGUAGAGGGGUUCUAACCACUGACAGAAGUGAGAGCAAGAUUACAGUCACUUCUGGGGGCCUUCUUCCAAAUGUGUUGAAACAUCUCACUAAAAAAUAUUUGAGGAAGAAUGAUCUAUGUGAUUCAUUGCACAUAGUUGCUAACAGCAAAGAGAGUUACAAACUAUGUUACAUCUAG